AUGGACCGCCACCUGUUUAAUCGGCCACUACCGCCGAUCAGGUCUGACGAUGAUGUCUGUUUUGACAAGAUCAGAUCUUGGAUUGAUGAGUGUAUUCGAGAGCACGAAUGUGAAUCUCUUGUCAUUGAAAGAGAACUCCCUACACGGCUGAUAGAUGUUAGUCCUGACGAGAACACUGGAAGUAUCAGGCUGGCAAUCGGUUCCGAAAUAAACGGAAAUAACACACAGUUCGCGGCACUUAGCCACUGCUGGGGCGAUAAGCGAGAUCGAAUCAUGGCAGUCCCUAAGACCAAGAUUGACACUUUACAACAACACCUGGAAAAGAUCGAUUGGGAUGACUUGACACCUACAUUUCUCGAUACUAUCGCCGUCGUUCGUCGGCUCGGACUGAAGUACGUUUGGAUCGACUCGCUCUGCAUCGUACAAGAUGAUCCAGUGGACUUUGCACGAGAGGCGGCACGCAUGGCACUGGUCUAUAGUCAGGCACAUGUAGUUAUUGCUGCGACCAGGGGACGCACCGGCGAUGCGGGACUCUUCCACGAUCGAAGGAAACCACAUAAGGUAGUCAUGCAUGACAGCAACAAUCAGCACAAGGAGUCCUACAUUCAUGUCAGAGAGGCCUUUUCUCAUGAUGCUUUCCUGACCAACGAUCCCUAUCGAUUCAACACCACACCACUAUUCGAACGAGCUUGGUGCUUCCAGGAGCGACUUCUCGGGCGAAGAGUGGUACAUUUUUCAGCUGAAGAGAUUGUCUUUGAGUGUAGGGAGCUUCUGGACUGUGAGUGCAAGUUUAUCAAGACACGAACUGCUACAGGCACGUUCAAGACCAAAACGUUGGAAUCUCUCAAUCGCGUGGUGACUCCGACGUCCCGCGUUGAGCUGUGGUAUUCUGUGGUGGAGCCAUACUCGGCAUGCGCACUACACGACGAGAGAGACAGGCUACCGGCCUUGUCGGGGUUUGCUGGCCUCGUUGCUUCGACUGAGCUAGGCGAGUAUUGUGCCGGGCUGUGGAGGCAUGAACUCCCAUCGGGGCUGCUGUGGCGAGCAGUACGAGCGGCUCCAGGACACACUCAGACGCACCGUCCCACGAGAUACUGCGGUCCCUCGUGGUCUUGGAUCGGUGUACGUGCUAGAAUGGAAGCUCACAUCAGCUGGCACUACGCGAACGAAAUUGUCGCAGAAGUGUUAGAUGUCCGAACCAUUCCGACCAGUGUCGAGGAUCGCUUUGGAGCUUUGGACACGGCGUCCCUGAUUCUUGCGGGACCGGCCGUCCACGUCACACUUCACCAAGAAUCCUUCGAACUUCAGAGAACCCGAGACUGUUUCAUGAGUCUUGCUCACGACUUUGUGAGCUCAGACGAGAGUCUCAAGGUCACCGGCGAUGACCAUAAUCCCCGACAAAUCCAAAACAGUGAAAAUAAAUCUCACAUUAUCAACAGACAGGACUUCCAGCUAGACGUUCCUGCAGCAGUCGAUGGCCAGCAAGCUGUGUGUAUUGCAAUUGAAAGAUGGCACGCUCGUAUAAACAGUGGACAAGGGACAUGCCUCGUGCUCCAAGCGGUGCCUGGCGAAGGAACGUACACUCGUUCCGGAGUUUCGUUCUGUCCUGCUUCAUGGUUUCAGACAGCACGACGGACUGAGGUCAAGAUCGUCUGA